AAUGUGUGCAGUUUCCAUGCAUAUAUGUAGCUAUAAAACAGCCGCGAUUUUACGUUGGAUAAAUGGUUCUACUGAUUUUCCAAUAACAGGGAGGAUCUCAAGAAUGAUGCAUCUUGCUGUUGCGAUGCAAAGAUUAUGAGCAGCAUAACAUAUUACUUUUUUUUGAAUAAAUGUGUAUAUGUUUUCGAAUUUUGUGAGAAAUCGAGGUGGCACUGGUCACGUGUAUUUACUUUCUGAUCAGAUGUUUACGAAAAGUUUUUGCACCGCGAGAUAUCCCCACUAUCACCGGUUGUUGCCCGCCAAUGAUAGAAAAAUCAGAUACCAACCAUGUCGAGAAGUAUGACGCCAUCAGAGACAACUUACUAGAGAUGAAUCUCGGCUUUAUACGACUUCAAAACCAGUUGAGCAAUGACAGUGCCAAAGUCAUGACCCAACUUGGUAACUUUGUCAAUGCACUGGCGAAAGUGACGUCUAAACUAGAAGAGGUGAAGAACGAAAUAUCUGAAGUUAGAAAACAGAAUGCGGAGCUACAUGAUAAGGUGCAGCAUAUGGAGACGGAACUUCGUGUGUUGAGGGGUACCACCAUGGUUGGGACGGGCUCGGCUUCGUCGCCGUUGACUGCACCACCAGUUCAUUCCAGCAUAGCGUGCACUAUACCUCCAAUGGAACGGACAGUCCAGCAUCCGAUAGUUAUGGUGAAAAAAAUCGUCAGCGAUGGAAGCGAACAAACUGUCGCAAUCAAAGCCCAAUUUUCUUGGAAAUUGUACGAAGAUUUGCUUAAACAAGCGCUCGGUUCGGCGUAUAAACGGGAACAUUUUCUGAUGGCGAAAUCGAACAUCAAGCCUGUGGCGUUGCGUGCUUGUCUGCGACUGAGGAACGAUUAUGAAGCAAGAACUGGGGAAUCUACCGUUCAUUGGAAAGAUAUCGAAAACGAUCUACAAGUGAACGCCUUUUUCGAAUUUGAAGAAGCUGCCCGCCAUCUGUUCCCUUUAUGCAUGUGUGUGGGCAACUGGGGAGCGCGUCUGCUGCUGAGAAAAUAUUGGAGUAUAACCUAUAAUUCACGCCGAAACCGCACGGCGGUUCCUUCAAAAGCGCUGGAAGAAUCAGAUACGAGCUCGGACUCUGAGAACGAGUGAGUGAUGCAACGACUAUAUUCGCUAUUACCCUAUCAUUCUUAUGAGGAAUGUUAAUCAUUUCUUCUCUCUUACUGUUUUUCUUUUCAGAAUCGACGCUGAUGAAUAUGCGGAUGCAAGGACUAACUCCCUAAGUGAUGCUGCUGGAGAAGCGCCACCCUCUAAGCGAUCGAGGUUGAAUCUAGACAGUAAGUCUCAUUAGGUGUCCUAGAGAUGAUACUGUUUUACCUGUAGCUGUGUUUUUGCAGGAACCCAAGUGCACUUUUAACGCUGAAUUUCCAUAUCCCUAAGCAGAAAUCGUUCUCUUUCAUAACCUAGCAUGUCAAUUGCUGUACCUCUUGAUCACUCCAUACUAUAACCAACCAACCCUUCAGAGUACAUUUAGUGUAUAAUACCUAUUUAAUUGAAUAAUACAAUCGCUUAGACCC